AUGGAUCAUGCGGUUAAUCACCCGUGGCAUCUCUUUGCAAUUUAUGGCACCCCGUACAUGGAAAAUAGAAGGGAAUUCUGGACGGAUUUGGCUAGUUCCAUAAGUCAAUGCAACGGCCCUUGGGCACUUACGGGAGAUUUGAAUGUUAUUCUUUCUAAGGAGGAUAAAAUGGGAGGCAGAGCCUUUGCCUAUCGUGAUGGUUCUAUUCUUAGGAACUUUUUGUUCGACACUGGAGGAGUGGAUUUGGGUUUCAGUGGAUGCAAGUAUACUUGGCAGAACAAAAGGAGCAGCGGUCAGUUGGUUAGGGAGAGAAUUGAUCGGGUUACUGUGGAUACUGGUUGGAUGUCUAUUUACCCUUCGGGGGGGGGGGGGGGCGGGGAGGUUCACAACCUUCUAAUUCUUUGUUCGGAUCAUGGGGCGAUGCUCUUUAAUUCUCACGCCUUUAAUCAAAGAGGCUCCCGUCCUUUCAGGUUCUUUGAAGCAUGGUUCUCGGAUCCAACCAGUUUGGAGGUCAUUAAGGAAGCUUGGGGAGAUACGGCCUUGUCUGUGGAGGAUUCAGCUCUGAAUAGAAAAUUGACUAACACCCAAAAUGCUCUGCGUGGGUGGAGCAAGAACGUUUUUAGGGAUACUGAAUUACGGCUCAAACACUUGGAAAACGAGCUUCGAUCUCUCCAAACCAGGGAGGAUCAUGCAUUGGAUUUGGAGGAGGAGAAGCGAGUCCAACCGGCCAUCCUUGAUUUAUGGGAUCGUAAGGAGUCUAUGUGGAAGCAACGCUCACGGGAGUUGUGGUUACAGAAAGGUGAUAGGAACUCGUCUUUUUUUCAUGCCUCAACAAUGGUGCGCAGAAAGCAGAAUCACAUUUAG